CUCAUUCAGUCAUCUAACGUCCCUGCACAACCGACGACACAAGUUGACACAGACUUAAGCUCGGUCUCACUCGAGGGUCCAGACUGUGCACCCCAUCGCUAUCCUCCUCCUCGUCAUUUCAAGACGACUAUCGAGCUCGAUGUGACGUCCUCGGCUAGCGAACCUUGAUCCCGACUCGACUCAAAGCUCUUUCUUGCUCUCUUGCCGUGCUUUGCUGAAGCCUCUAACCCGCCAUAUCGACUCAAUCUCCUUAGUUCAUCAUAGUUGAGUGUUUGAAGCACCUCUGGAGUCGAAUAUCGUCGAGGCACUUCUGAUCAGGGUGGUCCAUGACUUUCGAGGAUGUUCCAUUGUCUUCCUCACUGUCCACCUUCGCACUCUGGGUAGAAGAGAGUCUGCUCUUGGGGCUGCCGAUGUUACAUGUCAUCCGCUCCAUGGAGUUUUCAUGCUUAGAAGGUUUCAUUAUCUUCAUUACGUGGGAGUGUUAUUGUGGGGCUGCUCUUGGGAUUCCGUCGAAUAGGGGAGAUGGUGCCUCUCUUCAGUCAGAUGGUGAAUUUGCUUCUGUUCGUGUGGAUCACGCUGCUGAGCUUGAGCUUUUUCAUCAUGUGUAACGGAGUAUCACACCUUCCAGACUUUCCUCAUCAGCUGCGGCCUUGAGAUGCCAAAGAGAGGCAUUGAAUUUUGGCGUCAGAAAUCGAAAAUAAUCUUAACAGCGAACGACAGUCGUAACUUCGACAUUAAUGGCUGCACAUACGAGACCAUGUAACAACAGAUGCAUGGUCGCAUGCAUCAAAUGGUUCAACAAUGCAAUGCAGGUAUGCAUGUUCUUGUAGGUUUGUGAUCUGUGUCUUAGAAUUUGGGUAACAAGCUGCGUCCUCUCUUGUUUUGGAUAAAGAUUCACCGCAACCAUCACUUUCAAAUGCAUGAAGCGAGUUGUAAUAUAAAAGUAUAUGUGGACUAGGUGUGUAAAUAUUUACCUUCAA